AUGAAAGUGAAGUACCAAGGAAACGCAAGGGUGAAGCGGGCUCAGCUGCAGAGGCUUCGAAGGGAAUUCCAAACCUUGGAGAUGAAGAUGGGAGAGUCGGUGACCGAAUAUUUUGGAAGAGUAAUGGUCACAACAAAUGAUAUGAGAAACUGUGGAGAGGACAUGAACGAUGUUAAGAUCGUUGAAAAAAUACUUCGAACAUUAACAGAGAAUUUCAACUUUGUUCUUCGUUCAUUUGAAGAGUCCAAGGACAUUGAUCAAUUAACGAUCGAUGAGUUACAAAAGGAAGUGGCAGCUUUGCAAGAGGAGGUGGCAGUAGCAGUUCAAGGGGAAGAGGAAGAGGAAGAACACGACCAGUUUAGAUCGACCAUCGAAUGCUACUGGUGUCAUAAGUUAGGACAUUUUCAAUAUGAGUGUCCCAAUCUUGAAAGGGGUGCAAACUACGUCGAGUUUGAUGAAAGUGAAGAAUUGCUUUUAAUGGCCCAUGCAGAAAUUGACGGGAACGGUAACAAGGAAAUAUGGUUUCUUGACUCUGGUUGUUCGAACCAUAUGACAGACAACAAAGACUGGUUUGUUGACAUUGAUGAAGGUUUCAAACACAUAGUAAAAUUGGGCGAUAGUUCCAGGUUAGCUGUUAUGGGAAAGGGAAACAUCAAGUUUGAGGUUGAGGGGUGUUCGGAUGCAUUGGGCAUGUACAUGUACCUGAACAAUACAGAAAAAAAACUCGAUGAUAGAAGUCACAAGUGUGUCUUACUUGGAGUCAACACCGAAUCAAAGGCAUAUCGACUAUAUGAUCCAAUCCUAAAGAAGAUAAUCAUUAGUCGGGAUGUCAUAUUUGAAGAAGAAGCAAAAUGGAAUUGGAAUGGGAAAGAUGCAGAAUCCAGAUCUGAAAAUAUAGUUUGGGAAGAUAACGGAACAACAACGUAUGAAGGAAAUGAUGAAGAAGCCAUAGACGAAUAA